AUGGCACCCUCAAUCGAUGGCGCAUGUGACCGGCCCCUCACCUGCGUGUGCGGUGCAGCUCCCUCUCUAUGCUCAGCACCCGGCUUCGCGUCAGCCCCAGCUCUCCCUUGGCCUCCUCGAGCCGGUGCUGCAACUCCUCGGCAUCGUGCCGCCUUGCCUCCAGCUCCUGUACUUUGGCGGCCAGGUCAAGGGAUGUUGUGCGGAGGACCGCGCGCGUGCAGCUCAGCUCGUCUGCCAUGUCGCUCAGCUGGGAGGUGGUGGACGACAGCGCGGACCGAGUCCGGAUGA